CUUAUGGCCCACUCUGAUAGGCCCUGUGUGUGUCACAUUGGGGUGUUACCUUGACUACUCAGGGCCCCGUCGUCUCAGUUCCUCCCAUCAUCUCUGACAGAUAGAUAGCAGGAAAAGAAAGUAUCAGCUCCGUCCCUCAGCUACCACUCAAAACUCACACAGCCGUACAGAUACUGGCGACCGGACAAAAUGAUCCCACUGCCGGCAUGGAUGCUGUUGAUAGUAUUGCUGAGGACAGGAUCAGGUUCGGAAGUGAUACUGCAGGAAGAAAUGGCCGUCAUGCUUUAUCCUGAGAUCCUCAGUAUAGUGACUAUUGAUUGUUACUGCGGUACCUUCCAAUGUGACACUGUCUACUGGUUCCACAGUGUUCCCGAUAAAAGCAAAGUACAGUUUCUAGGAAAAUGCAACAACGCAGGCCGUAGUAGCUAUGAGAAAGAUGUGGACCAAGCACGAUUCGUAUUUGAAAAGAAAGGACAAACGAACUUUGUGCUGCGCAUCCGCAAUGUGACAGAAAAGGACAGAGGGAUGUAUUCUUGUGUUCUUAAGGACAGGAAAAUGGCAGAAAUGUGGAAGCUUGGGACUUUCCUUCAGCCGGGAGUGAUCCCGCCAACAUUACCUCCUAAGACGGAACCCAAAAGGCCAAAGAUCCCAGUCUGUCGCUGCCCUAAGAAGAAUACUUCACAGGAUGACUGUGGCUCCCUGAUUUUGUGGCCAUCGGUUGGAUUUAUUGCGGCCCUGGCUCUUGCGCUCAUCUGCACGCUGUACUACUUCAGCAGGCUACCCAAAAAAUGUCGGCAUCACUUUGCAAAGAAUAAGUAUACGACCUAAAGCACUGCAUCUACAGCCUAUGUUUAACUCAACUUGCUUCUGUGAUUGCAGUGGCUGAAGUGCUUCACUUGAGCGGACGUCCAGUGGACAGAGGGAUAUGAUUCAGCUUGAAGAUCUAUUCUGCUAACAACAUGUCGGGUUUAUUUACAGUGAAAUAUGCACUCAGUCAGAGAAGAAUUUUGUGUUUUCAACAGCAGUAAACAUGUAACAUAUUGUACUAUACAUAGAUUACGAGACAGCUCCAGAGCAAUACCAACUUCAGAUCGAGGCUAUGUGAUGUAACAAUAUUUUUGAUUUAUCAGUUAACAAUAUCCAGAUAACUUCAUCAUUAAUCAAGGUGCUUUUUCAGCUCAGCAGGUUUGUGAUCAGUUGCUUUGAUUUUUAGAUUAUUGUUAAAUCAGAACAAAACAGGGUAGUGUUUCUCUCCCCAAACCUUAUCUGUUUAUACAUAAAAGCAUGUAAGCCACAAAACAGCUAAAUUGAAAUGAAGUAUUUUCCCAUUUCCCUUUUGCUCUCUUUUGUAAUUGUUUGUAUUUUUGUGUUUCACAGCAUUUUUAAGUGUUUUCUCAAUUUUUAAGAAUCAUCUGUUUAGAAGAAAACAGCACUGUAAAGUACAUUUUUCUAUUUCCAUAUUUCUGUUAAAUCAAUAAAAUUGUAUAUUUCCAAUCA